UGGCAAAUCAUUAUGGCAUUAUCGUGCCGAGGAAGCUCGUCGUAAAAGCUCGCGCCGUGGUAACGUCGUGACUCACAACCGUUUACGUUGCCGCACGCGACGACACACUUUGCGCCGGCACUUCCGGGUGAACGCGAGAUAUUUCGGGGGUGCUCCAUUCUACUUCUAAGUGUUCCUCCAGGUGUUUCUUCGCGUAGAUCGGUGCUCGGAUGGUGGCUCGAGCUUACCUCCACUCGACAGGAACGUGGGAAGAGCGUGCGGAUUUACUCAUCGAUCACUCAUCCAUCAAUGCUCAAUCCACAUUAGUUGUUAUUCAAGCAUAAAAAUCAAGUGCAUACGAUGUGACAUUUGAAAUUACAUUAACUGCAAUUAUUUGCUGUGGACUCGUCGAGUAAAUCUCUCUAAGGUUCAAACGACGUCGAUGUGGACAUUGAUCUUACUUGGUUUCAUUCUCAAGUGCCUAUUGAAGAAGCUGCGCCGAAUAGAUCAGACACAAAUCAGCCCGUGGCGAGUGCAUACACCUCCGUCGUUAGGACGUCGCUUUGUAGGGGAGAAAAUAAAGUUUCAUGGAUAAACGAGGUUGAAUUUGAAGAAUCGAACAAGUGUAUUCGUCGAAACUAUUUUCGAUUAUCGGCCACCGAAAAAUCGAGUGCAAAAAUCGUCGAGUGACAACACGUGAUACGAGAAACAUUCUUGUCUAAUGUGAAAGUUUUCGUGAAGCUGUACAUUGUAACUCUUCGGAACUUUGUACGUGUUGAAGAGGGGAUGAGUUUGUCUGCCGGAAUGUGAGUAAAUGGCCGUAGAAGGAUCGUGUCAGCUUUUGAACAGCUUACUAUGGGCAUCUGCCUGGACACUGAUCAGCAAAAUGGAUCGCAGAUGUUCGAGGAAAACGAUGCUCGAGCUACAGGAAGAUGGCGAGGCGAGGCUGGCCUUUUGGCGACUCCGCCGGAUGGACAUUUCCCGAAACAAAAUGUUGGCCCAGUUAAAUUUGAAAUACCAAAAAUUCCCGUUAUAUUCGUGCUCGGCGGUCCCGGUAGCGGUAAGGUGACAUAUUGCGACAAUUUGAUACAAGAGAAGAAAGGUAUAACGCAUAUCAACAUGAUGGAUCUUCUUCAACAAUAUGCACUGGGAAAUGAUAUGCAAGAUUUUGGACAACUUAGUAGUAAAACCGUCACAGAAGUACUUAUGCUUGAGAUGAAAAUGUCUCCGGGAUCCAAAGUAUUUCUUGUAAGCGGAUAUCCGCGAAAUAUGCGCGAUGUAGUAGAGUAUGCUGAAAAGAUAAAAAUCGUUAACGGCGUCGUUCUUGUGUCGUGGAGGCAGGAAGUGUUGGAGAGGCAAAUUGAUUUCGGUGCGCAACUCGGCCACGUUAUUAUCGGAUUAGCUAGAAUGGAAUUGCAUAAUUUUUAUAGGAAUGUGAUGCCAGUUGCGGAAUAUUUUGAUCAAAGUGGAAUGUUACUUGAGAUAAAUGGUGAACGUAAUCCGAGUGAGGUCUACGUUAGUUUUCGAGAUGCCGUCCUUAGAAUUCUCGGGAUGUCAAGCGGUGAAAUUCAGGACCAGGAUAUACCUCAAUCUUUAGAAGCCGAGGUCGAAGUGGAAAGGAGAAAAGAAUCGACUACGGGUUCGCCAUUACCGCAACAAAUUAUGGGAACUGAUAGGUUACCAGUUACAGUACCGAUAGACACACCGAAAACCGCUGCUAAACCGAGAAAAGGAUUGCCAUCAUUUAUUUGGGUCAUAGGUGGACCAGGAAGUAAUAAGGCGGCUCUUUGCGCUCAAGCCGUCCGUAAUAUGCCAAGAUGGAUGCAUAUAAGUAUUGGAGAAUUAUUAAGAACGAUGGCAUCGUCUAAUAUGGUUGUGAAUGACGCAAUUGUUUCGGGCGAAAUGGUCCCACAUGAUAUCGUGAUACAACUUGUAGAGCAACAGAUUAUUUUGAAUCGAGACUCGGAUGGUAUCGUCAUGGACGGAUAUCCGAGGGACUUGAAUCAAGUGCAGGAAUUUCAGAGUAAAUUUGGACAAGAACCACCGCUGGUAUUACUUGAUUGCUCCAAACUGCAACUCGGGAGAGGAAGACUGGACGACAGUGUUUCGGCAUUUAGGAAAAGAUUGGAGCUCUUUCGCGAGGUGUCUCUUCCCAUGUUGAAAACGCUGGACAGCGAUAGUCGGUUAAUAAUUGUGGACGGCGAUACGGAUGUGCCUAGUGUGCAGCAGGAUUUUGCCGCUGCAUUAUAUCAAUUAAUGCGUGGGGCACGUCGCGGAGAAGAAGGAAGCCUACGUGAUCCGGAUUCGCCUGUAAUCAAGGGACACCCAAACGGGAUACAUGCCUCGAAUGAACGUGCCAUACCUAAUGGCAAUGCCAAACCGACAGUCAACGGCGUAUCUAAUCAUGUUGGAAAGAUCGCCAAUGCGACGAAAAAUGGAAUUGUUGCUCAAGGGGUAGGUACCAUCUCUAAUGGUGUAUUAAACAAUAUGAAACAUAUUCAACAAAACGGUCAUGCUUAUCAAAAUGGUAUCGCGAAUGGAACUCAUAUGCUGCAGAACGGUGUAGCGCAUUUAGCCAACGGCAUUGUACCCGGCAACAAUAAAGUCGCACCCGCGAUGCACAACUAUUUGCCAAAAGAUCCCAUCAGGAAAAUGUACAACGAGAUCGACGGUUAUCAGCAGAAUCUUCACAUGUGA